AUGCUGUUGGAGCCUCGACAACUCCAGGCGCACAUCCCCACAGCAGUGGUGGCGGGAUGCCAUCCGUGGCCAGGAAGUUCGGGUCGACGGCCCCGGCUCCACUGUUCGGAGAGUCUUGUCAAGGUCGCUGUCCCCGAGCCGACAGCGGGGAGGCUCCAGCAACUCGCCCCGCUCACUGACUCCUUUGGCACGGCAGAACCAUCGUUUCGGCUCACCUGCUCCUGCCAGAGAGACAGCAGUUCCAAAGCCCAUCCUGCUGCAAGAGGAAGCCCACCUCACCUCGCGCCAGGGCACUGA